CUUAUACAACUUAAUUUGCAAUGUCAUUUAUUUAGUUGAGUGGGUGGGAAGGAGGUAAUUUGCAGACAUAUGAAAGGGAGACCAGCUGAUUUAGCUAGCAGUUGGAGAAUUGAAUUAUAAAUGGACAAUCGACCGAUAAAAAUUUAGGAAGAGGAUUUGAAGUAGGACUCUUGUUUGAUCUUUGUAUUGAAUACUACACCAACUCAUACAUAUCACUUCUUUCAAAAUCCUUUUACCUAUGCUUCAUGGACAUGCAACCUAGAUUAUAAAAAGAAAGCACUGGCCUGUUGUUACAUGGACCCCAGGGCCCAGGCUGUUAUUCUGAAAAAUGCACAAAAGGGCCCAACGGAAAAAGUGAUUGUCCAUUUGGGCUAGCCCAUCUGACUUUAAUGAGCCACGGAAGCACCGGCCCGUUAUCCUCCCACUGCAAGGAGCUAGUGGUUUUCGCUGCUCUGUGAAACCAGCCUGACGCAAUACCCACCAUUGUAAGAACCACAUGGCCCAGGCCUUCACUUGGACCACAUGGCCCAACUCUCCGCUUGGAAUGGGCAGGCCAGCAAAGAGCAUCCUGUGGCUCAGUUAGCUAGGCAAGUACAAAGUCCAACCACUUAAAUGCCCCCACUUGGGUUACAAGCCUGCGUUGCCAGGCUCAGCGAACAAAAGGUAUCUAUGUGGUUGUGUAUACAGUGUAUAUAUUUGUAUUGUAAUAACAAUGUGGGAAUGUUUUUGAUUAUCUCAUCGACUCUCUGCUAAUGAGGGAGUAAAAUGGAGUCCUCUCUUUGCCUAUCUAAAUUUGAAAACACAGCACUAUUAGUCUUGAUGAAAGAUUAGAAAUGAUUAUCAUAUGGUUUUUGGAUUAACAUUGUAAAUUGUUUUGCAUUCUCGCAGCCAAAUCUCUUUAGGCUCACUCAGGAAUAAGAAGAUGGUAAUAUAUAUAUUAUUUUUCUUAUUUUGAUAGAAAAGAAUAGGGAGGUUUUUGUCCACAAAGCAGUACAAAUUGCUGAUAUCUGAGAACAUAAAUAUGGAGACAGAAAAAAAAUUAUUAACUUGAUGAAGUUUGCAUAUUUGCAAUUGAGACAUGAGAGGAAAGACUUGCUUCGUCGUGAUUUAAUUCUUUCCAUUCCCCUCCAAUUGCUACUAAAGUCGCUAUCGAUGCAACACGACUCUAUCUAUACACUGAUACGGUACCUCUCAGCUCCCGUGUUUGGCUUUUUGCUCUGCAGCCACUCAUCUCCGGACCAACUCCAUUUCCGACUAUCCAACUGUUUUUUCUGUUCAUUCUUUCUUUCGAGUAUAGGAGAGACAAUGCAAGCAAUAGUGGCUUGCAGUAGCUCUGCAAUUCCGCCACUCAAAUCCCCCAAGCCCAUAACUACUUUUAUCUCCGGUCAAAAUCUCCCGUUUCUCGGCCGCCGCAAGCUCUGCUGCGAUGUCGUUUCUCGUAUUCCCAUUCCUUCCACUCGUUGGGGUGACGAUAAAGAGGAUAUGGGUGGCGAUUUCCUGCAAAAAAUUAUGCAGAAAAAUUUCGGUUUGACUACGCGUCGAUCCUUUUUUGCCCGUAUGUUAAUGUCCGCGUGUUACUUUUAUCUCCUUCCUUCAAGGUACUUUCCAGCAUACGCAUUAGGAGACCCGUCGGUGACAGUUGAACAAGUCACUCCUCAAGUUUUGCCCCCUGGGGCACUUUUCCCAUCCGAGGAAAGAAUUGUUAAACUCUUUGAGAAGAAUACUUAUUCUGUUGUCAACAUAUUUGAUGUAACUUUGCGGCCUCAACUUAAUAUUACUGGUGCCGUUGAGGUUCCUGAAGGGAAUGGUUCAGGAGUUGUCUGGGAUGAACAGGGUCACAUUGUGACAAAUUAUCAUGUAAUCGGCAAUUCCUUGUCAAGAAAUCCAAGCACUGGCCAAAUUGUUGCUCGAGUUAAUAUUCUAGCUUCUGAAGGGGUACAAAAGAACUUUGAGGGCAAGUUAAUUGGUGCAGAUCGUGCAAAGGAUCUUGCUGUGUUGAAGGUUGAAGCCCCUAAGGAACUGUUGAGGCCAAUUAAGGUCGGUCCAUCAUCUUCUUUGAAAGUGGGCCAGCAGUGCUUAGCAAUUGGAAAUCCAUUUGGUUUUGACCACACGCUCACUGUCGGGGUCAUUAGUGGUCUGAACAGGGAUAUAAACAGUCGAACUGGAGUUACAAUAGGUGGAGGGAUUCAAACUGAUGCUGCAAUCAAUCCUGGAAACAGUGGAGGUCCUUUAUUGGAUUCAAAAGGAAACUUAAUUGGGAUUAACACUGCUAUAUUUACUCAGACAGGGACAUCAGCUGGUGUAGGGUUCGCGAUCCCUUCAUCUACUGUGGUAAAGAUAGUGCCUCAGCUGAUCCAGUUUGGCAAGGUUGUUCGAGCUGGUUUAAAUCUUGAAAUAGCUCCAGAUCUUAUUGCAAAUCAACUCAAUGUUCGAAAUGGAGCUUUAAUCCUGCAGGUUCCAGGAGACAGUUUGGCAGCUAAGGCUGGGCUUCUACCAACUACAAGGGGUUUUGCUGGUAAUAUUGUACUGGGUGAUAUAAUCUUGGCAGUGGAUGACAAACCUGCAAGGAACAGAGAAGAACUGUACAAAAUAUUUGACGAGUACAACGUAGGGGACAAAGUACUUCUGAAGAUCCAGAGGGGCAAUGCAAACUUGGAGGUGCCCAUUGUCUUGGAGGAAAAGAAAGGAUGAAAUAGUUGGUCUUGAAUUUUCUUCAAGAUAGCCAGCCAUUUUUGUGUGACUCUUAAAUUUUUGCUCGAAAUUACUGUGCAAAAUUUACGAGAUGGAUGAAGAUGGAAGUAAUAGAGGAAGACAACAUAUAUUCUGGAUUUUCACUAGAAGUUGUAGCUGAAAUGGUGGAGAUCAUCAUGUACAAAGAGAAUCUGUAAGGCAAAACUCCUCCUCUUCUGGGCUUAAACUGUUUUGCUUUAGGGUUGAAUGUGGACAGAAA